AUGUCGAUUCGUCAACUACCUUUACUCCCGCAAAGGAAUAGUUUGAACAUUAGUCAAGAAAGAAAAUCUGGUUCCAACUAUCCGCUCUCUUCACAGCUUUUCAAACAUAAAAAUCAACCUUUAUUUUCUAGUGAUUUGGGAAUACAAGGACCACCAAUGUCACAAGCUUCUUUGAAUAGGCUUGAGGUUGAAACCACUUCAACAACUUCUCUUCCCAUAUCCUACCCUUAUCUUCAUUUAGAGGGAGAAACAUCAACUGAUACGUUUGGUGUGAGACAGGACAAUUGUUCGAAAAUAUCUACACAACACCAACACCAUCCUAACAUGAAAACCUCGCUGAAAAAUCAACAACCACAACAACAACGUCUCGAUAGUACCCCCUUAAGCCCAAUUGAAGAUGUAUUUAAUCAAGUUCCCAAACGAUUUUCUCACUUUGUUGUAGAUCAGCAAAAUCCACAUGUGUCACAAAGGCUUGAUAAUUUGUCUAUUAUGUCGCCUAGUUUUGAAAGUCUCGAGGAUGAGGAUGAGAAUGAGAAUGAUGCUAAUGAGAACACUACUCAACUUACGAAAGCGCGCGGCUCUAAUUUAACAUCAAAAAAGUAUUCCAGGGCAUCCAUGCAUGAUAACCAAGAGAAGAAAAGUGGUCAAAGCAUACCUCCAGCUAAUUCAAGCUCAAGGGAUAUUUCAGACUCUAUGGGUUCACAAGCCACAAUCUUUUCAACAAGACUAGGACCAGAAUCAGAACAAUUGUUAUUGAAUAACAAAGCCAAAUCUAUAAACGAUAGCUUUCGUAAAACCAAAAGCUUAUUUAAUAAGAAUAGGACAAAGAGAACAAGUACUGUGAGAGUAUAUCGAGAUAUUACUUCAUCAUUGGCUUCUUCGGUGAUAAAUUCAUCAAGGCAGUCAAGUAAAAGUUUGACUAGAAAGAAUGCUAUUAAAUCGAAGCAAGGAAGUUGGUUCUAUCGCAUGAAACUAAGAAUCAAAAAGCUUCUUACUAAACUCAAAUUCUACAGCUUUAAAGCAUCUUCACCAAGGAGGAAAAAAAGCGUACAAAGCUUACAAAGAGCAAGAGAUAUUCAGAACAAGGAGUUGGCGAGACAAUUGAGGAGAUCGACUACAACUACACUUGUUAGAAAAGAACGAGCAAACCCACAAAAUAGGGAUUUAAUAAAAUUGAGAUCAAAUAAAUUGCUACAAGAUUCAAUUCAUCGAAAGUCUGGUGAUGUUUUAGAAAUUUCCAAUCCUUCAACAAACCCGCGUUUGGGAAAACAGCCAGUAUAUCAUGUUCGGAUGAAUAGCAACGUGAAGAAAGCAACAGGAGCAGGUCUCUUGGGGGUAGGAAACAUUACGUCUGGCGUAGCUGAAUCUGCUUUACUCACAUCCGAAGAAAUUGGUGAUGAGAAUGUUGGAAAGUACCAUCAUUUAUCUAAUUACAUCAAUCAACAAGAGAACAAUUAUUUACGUAAUUUGAAAAUUAAGCGCAAUACUGGAGCUAAUGCAAACACUGACAAUAUGAGGACAUCUACAGAGAGUUAUGCGGCAAAUUAUCAAGAUGAAGAGUUACCAUCUCCAAAAAUUGAUAGUACAAGUGAGAGUAAUACUCAACCCUCAGUAGCUGUUGCUUCUUCAGGUGUAUCUUCAUCUGUCCAAAAUGUACCUGCACCUCCACCUCAUAUAGAUACUUCAUACAUCAGGUCUGUUUCAUCACCGCGACAAAGACAACGACAACUAGUUCUGCAGCUGCCACUGCUGAAACAAGAGAAUGUUAGUCCUUAUGCAAGAUAUACAUUUGAGCAAUUAUGGCAAAGUUAUCUAAAACAAGUAUUGAGCAGAAGAAUACUUUUAAGGCAUGAAAUCAAUCAGUUUCAGAAUUUCAUGGCAACAAAGGAAACUAGCAAUAUGAUUAAUCAAAUUUUUGAACAGGUUUAUAAAGAUCAAGACAGCCCACCUUCUAAACAAACUGGAGAAGAAUACAUUGAAGAUCAAGCUAUCACAGGAAGUACGGUAAGUUGUGACGACAGAGACCAUUUGCAAAAAGAAAGCGAUCAUAAUACUGCCUCAUCUAUUUAUUCCGCGCAUACUGUGUCAACAUCGUCCACGGAUGAUCAUGGAGAUAUCUUUGUUGAUCCUCAAGAUGAGGAAUUCGAAACCAAGGUAUUGAACAGAAGAUCAAUGUUAGGAGCAAUGUUGGAGUAUCAGUCAUCUAAUGGAUCUGACAAUGACUCUGAUGAUGACUCACAAGGUGAUGAAAAUGAGUGGGAGAAGCAGUCAGAAGCGAAAUCUUCAAUUUCAACCGAUUAUUCCACACCUCUCCAUUACCCGAAAUUAUCUACUUUACGCUAUUCUUCAAGUAUUGUCAGUUCUAGAAAUGGGCUGGAAAUAAUGCAAAGAAAAUAUGGAACUAUUCUACGUAAGCCAUCAAAGGCAAUUGCAAAAAAAGAACAAGAACAAGAACAAGAACAAGAACAAAAACAAAAACAAAAACAAAAACUGUUCAAGAUGGGUGAAGAAAUUAGCAGUACCACUCCGCUGCCUCAACUGCUGGUAAUAAGAAGAAGUAUAGGGUUGAGACACAGCUUGAGUCAACUAAGAUAG